CGGCCAGAGCGUGGAGCGCAGCGCGGGCGCCGGCCGGGACGGAUACUCCAGGCCCCUGGGAUCCCAGUGGGUGACUGCCCCACGCUGCCAGAGCCGCGAGGUCCCCCCACCAACAGGCUCGGAGAUGCCCCAGCACUCGACGGGGGACAAACCCUUCGCCUCGAUGCUGCCGCCCACCUUCCCCGGCCCGGCGUUGGAGAACGGGGUUCAGCACACGCCCCCCAGCAGGAGGGCAUCCCUGGGCUCGCCCCUGAGCCCCGGCUCCCUGCGCUCCGCCGCCCACAGCCCCCUGGAUGCCUGCAGCCAGCCCCUGUGCGACUUUGAGAAGCGCAGCGCGCGCGUGGCCCACGAGAUGCGCUACGUCUCGGCCGGGCCGCAGAGCACGGCGUGUGGCUGGCGGGCCUUCGCCCCCGCGUGUCUGCAGGCCUUCAACACGCCCAAGGGCUUCCUGCUCUUCCUGUGCGCGGCCGCGUUCCUGCAGGGCAUGACCGUGAACGGCUUCAUCAACACGGUCAUCACCUCCAUCGAGCGCCGCUUCGACCUGCACAGCUACCAGAGCGGGCUCGUGGCCAGCGCCUACGACAUCGCCGCCUGCCUCUGCCUCACCUUCGUCAGCUACUUCGGGGGCAGCGGGCACAAGCCGCGCUGGCUGGGCUGGGGUGUCCUGGUCAUGGGCGCCGGCUCGCUGGUGUUCGCGCUGCCCCACUUCACCGCCGGCCCCUAUGAGGUGCAGGCGGACACGUGGGUGGCGGCGUGCCCAGCCAACCGGAGCACGGCGUGCAGGGACAGCGCCUCGGGCCUCUCCAGCUACCGGCUGGUCUUCAUGCUGGGCCAGUUCCUGCACGGCGUCGGCGCCACGCCCCUUUACACGCUGGGCGUCACCUACCUGGACGAGAACGUCAAGUCCAGCUACUCGCCCGUCUACAUCGCCAUCUUCUACACGGCAGCCAUCCUCGGGCCCGCUGCCGGCUACCUGGUCGGAGGCGCCAUGCUGAACAUUUACACGGACGUGGGCAGACGGACGGAGCUGACCACCGAGAGCCCGCUGUGGGUGGGCGCCUGGUGGAUUGGCUUCCUGGGCGCGGGGGCCGCUGCCUUUCUCAUCGCCGUCCCCAUCCUCGGCUACCCCCGACAGCUGCCAGGCUCGCAGCGCUACGUGGUCAUGAGAGCGUCGGAGACGCGGCAGCUGAAGGACGGCAGCCACAGGGCCGCGAACAGCCCGGACUUCGGGAAAACCAUCCGAGAUCUGCCCCUCUCCCUCUGGCUACUCUUGAAGAACCCCACGUUCAUCCUGCUCUGCCUAGCGGGGGCCACCGAGGCCACGCUCAUCGCCGGCAUGUCCACAUUCGGCCCCAAGUUCCUCGAGUCCCAGUUCAGCCUGAGUGCCUCUGAAGCUGCCACCUUGUUUGGGUACCUGGUGGUGCCGGCGGGCGGCGGCGGCACGUUCCUUGGCGGCUUCUUCGUGAACAGGCUGAAGCUCCGUGGUCCCGGCAUCGUCAGGUUCUGCCUGCUGUGCGCCCUGGCCGGCCUGCUGGGCAUCUCUGUGUUCUCCCUGCACUGCCCCAACGUGCCCAUGGCGGGCGUCACAGACAGCGACGGCGGGAGCCUCCUGCCCCGAGGCAGCCUGAACCUGACGACGCCCUGCAACGCGGCCUGCGGCUGCCGGCCACAGCACUACAGCCCCGUGUGCGGCUCGGACGGCGUCAUGUACUACUCGCCCUGCCACGCAGGGUGCCGCGAGGCCACCGCAACCGGACCGGGCGGCCAGAAGGUGUACCGAGACUGUAGCUGUCCUCAGAGUCUGUCCUCUGGCGUGGGCCAGGCCACCGCAGGGACAUGCACUUCCGCUUGUCAGAGAAAGCCCCUCCUCCUGGGUUUCGUUUUCGUUGUAAUUUUCUUUACGUUCCUCAGCAGCAUCCCCGCGCUCACGGCGACGCUACGGUGUGUCUGUGAGCGGCAGAGAUCCUUUGCCCUGGGAAUCCAGUGGAUUGUAGUUAGAACACUAGGGGGCAUCCCAGGGCCCAUUGCCUUCGGCUGGGUGAUCGACAAGGCCUGUCUGCUGUGGCAGGACCAGUGCGGCCGCCACGGCUCCUGCUUGGUGUACUGGAACUCGGCCAUGAGCCGCUACAUGCUCGUCAUGGGGCUCUUGUACAAGGUGCUUGGCCUCCUGUUCUUCUCGGCCGCCUGCUUCCUGUACAAGCCCCUGGCAGCGUCUUCGGAUGGCCUAGAAGCUUCUCUGCCCAGUCAGUCCUCAGCGUCCGGCAACCCCACGGACCUCCAGCUCCGGAGCGACGUGUGACCGCCUGCCCGGCCACCACGGGGAUGCCGGAAGCCCCUCGCGUUUCCCACGCUGUGCACACGGCCUGCCACUGACGGUGACUGCUCCGAGGGGCUGGCCCCUCGCCAGAGCUGCAGGGCUGAGGGUCCCGGGGGAUUUCGCACUGGAUUCCGGGGCCGCGACGCCGUCCGGGUGGAGGCCGAACCCCGAAGGCACUGAGUGACAGGAACGUGAGGCGCAUCCGAGACGUGCGCCACCCCCACGGUGCUGCUGAGCGGGGCCUCUGCGUCGCGUGGGCUCCUGCCCAGCCCCACUUCCUGGGUGAGACGGCAGCGGCCUUGGGUGACUCCCGCUCAUGGGACCUUCCACGUGACCUGUGGUUUAAAGUCUGCGGUGACCCCCUGUCCUCAGAGCCGAGCAGCCCUGCAGUGGGAGUGACCUGCGUGAAUAGAAAUGUACGGACACACUUUUCACAAAUCGUAUUUACGGAACUUGGUCUGUACCCGAUCGCGUGGCGUGGGCAGGCGUGGGCAGGGGCUGUAAACCCAACCCCCAGACGUGGACUGCCCGCCUGUGGGUUGUCUGUUUCUGCGCGUCCUUAGUCAAAACUCUGCACACGUAAAUAUAUUUUAUU